UACAGACAGUCCCUAGUUGUCCCAUGUUAGUCAAGUUCAAAAUUUCAACCAACUUUUAAGGAUUCCAGGGCUUUAUUUAGUUUAUGUUCUUCCUUUUUCUAUCCGUAGAUGUCAGAAAGAAAACAUUGUAAAAGAGCUAUAGGCAGAUAAGAAGAACAGAAUGAUCCAAACCUAACCCUGGAAAAUCAUGACAGGCUCGAAAAAUAUCCCAAGAAUUAUUAAUGUUGCUAUUCAUAGAUUUCACCUAACUCUAUUUAUAUCACUGCUCCAUUUCUCUCUCCCGUACUCGAAAAUAUUUCCAUCUUCAGUUUCCACUGCUUAAUUCACCCGUUUCUGCCUACCAUUUUAAGCAGAAAAGUGAGUUGUAUAAUUUUCUUGAUCUCAAGCUGAUCAAAUCCUUCACAAACGUUGUAUUCGGUGAAUGUUGUCGUGACUUCUGGCACCGAGUAGACCAUCAUUUUGCAUUUAUUAAUCUGGGCACCCUGUCGGCGGGUUCGAAGGAUUUUUACCUGUCUGGCCAAAUUAUGUCUGUUUCGUGGUGACGUCUGAAAGCCAGCUUGAACUGCUGAUUCAUCAAUCGUCGUGAGCACAUUGAGGUCGGACAAAGAAAGACAGGUACUAGCUAGCCAUGGCUGUCGGAGUAGCGAUAAAGAGCGACGGCAAGCAAUACAAUGGAAGAAUCACACGGUUCGUGCUGCUUUCUUGUAUGAUUGCGGCUUCCGGGGGACUCAUUUUCGGCUACGAUGUCGGAGUUUCAGGUGGAGUGAGUUCGAUGGACCCGUUCUUGAAGAAAUUCUUCUUGGGGGUUUACAAGAAGAUGAAAGAGGACAAAGACGUAAGCAACUACUGCAAAUUCGACAGCCAGCUGCUGACAUGUUUCACCUCCUCACUCUACAUAGCUGGGCUUUUUUCUUCUUUCUUUGCUGCAAUCGUGACUCGGAACUAUGGCCGCAAACCGUCGAUCGUCAUCGGCGGGCUGUCCUAUAUGGUUGGUGCUGCCAUCGGUGGUGCAGCUUAUAACAUUUACGUGCUCAUACUUGGCCGUGUGCUGCUCGGCGUCGGGCUCGGUUUUACUAAUCAGUCGGUUCCUUUGUAUCUCUCAGAAAUGGCUCCUUCCAAAUACAGAGGAGCCUUUAAUGUCGCUUUCCAAAUUUGCAUCGGCAUCGGCCAGAAUUCAGCUACACUUAUAAACUACGGCACCGUAAGGAUCAAAGGCGGGUGGGGAUGGCGAAUUUCCAUUGCAAUGGCUGGUGUGCCAGCUGCAGUUCUUGCGAUCGGGGCACUUUUCCUUCCCGAGACACCAAACAGUCUUAUCCAGCACACUAAUGACCACGGAAAGGCCAAAAAAAUGUUGCAGAAGAUUCGAGGCACAGAUGAUGUUCAAGCCGAACUAGACGAUCUCAUCGAAGCAAGUAAUGCCUCAAAAGCCAUAAAACACCCUUUCAAGAACCUCAUGCAAAGAAAAUACAGGCCGCAGCUCGUGAUGGCCAUAGCAAUGCCAUUCUUCCAACAAAUAACUGGCAUAAACGUCAUCUCCUUCUACGCCCCGUUGCUCUUUCUAACUAUUGGUUCGGGAGAGAACGCUUCCCUCUUAUCUGCAACAGUGAUCGGAUUGAUCGGCUCAAUUUUCGUUUUAAUAACAUUGGUGUUGGUGGAUAAAGUAGGCAGAAGGCCCUUAUUCCACAUAGGUGGACUUCAAAUGUUGAUUUCACAAUUGCUGGUUGGAGGGAUCAUCGCAGCCAAACUCGGGGAUCACGGCACUAUGGACAAGGGAUACGCCUUAGGAGUUCUGAUCUUGAUUUGCAUAUACAUUUCAGGUUUUGGCUUGUCUUGGGGUCCAUUAGGAUGGGUGGUCACAAGUGAAAUUUUCCCAUUGGAAGUACGGUCCGCAGCACAAAGUAUAACGGUGGCCGUUAAUCUCUCCAUGACUUUCAUCAUAGCUCAGAUUUUCCUGGCUAUGCUCUGUCAUUUGAAGUCUGGGAUUUUCUUCUUCUUCGCAGCAUGGGUUGUAGUAAUGUCCGGAUUCGUGUAUUUCCUGCUGCCCGAGACGAAGAACAUUCCGAUUGAGAAAAUGGAGAAGAUCUGGGGAGAACAUUUCUUCUGGAAAAGGUUUGUUGAUAGUAGUCAAAGUGAGGAGGGUGGCAAGAUUGAAGCAGCAUGAUUGCUGUAUCAACUAAUUAUUAGAGUCGUCUUUGUUGCCCGUUGAUUGUUAUAAUAAUAAUGACCCAAAGACGUAUUGUAUUUUUUACUCCAACAUAAUGUAUACUUUAAGAGCAUUAUCUAGGAGAAGGAGAAGUGGUUUGCCAAACUUUGGAGUGUUGUUUAUUUUUCUACAGACUCUAGUUUUCUACCUGUAUUUGUAUAUAAUGCAAAUUUGACUUAUUAGUGUGUGUUCCGCUUCUUGA